UGGGUUUCACUAUCUCAGCACCUCGGCGUUGCCGACAGCCGUGCUCUUAGUCGACUUCUCACCGCACUCACCGUCAAGACUGUCCCUCGGGCGCACAACACAACACACUACGAUUGCCGCCGAAACACCACGAGCCGAAUCCCUGACAAAGCCUUUGCAAAGCAUGUAGGACACCUCUUGGCAUACAUUGACUCUAUGAACGACUCGUUGCGUAUCCUGACACCGGAGAUACGACGAGAACUCGAGUCUGGGCCAUUCUCAUUAUGUGAAAUGCUCGGCGAGUACAAUCGAGAUGCUCUGAUUGUCUCUGCACUUGAUUCCGGCAGCAAGACUCUCAUGAAGUCGCGCGGGAGGGAGUACGAGAAGCAGCGAUAUGUAGGGAAGGGGUAAUGCGAUAUAUAUCUUUGGCCUUAGAACUGACUUCGCCUCUCAGCGAGCAACAAAACCGUCCAUCAGUGGAGGGAGCGCCGACGCGCCUGCUAUAAAAGUUAUCUAUUGAUGUUUAGUUGGAAAACUACGUAGUGGCAUAUGAAUGACUGUGGCAUGGAGAUUGAUAGGUGUCCCGUUAGAUUGUCAUACAAAUUUUAUAUCAGAGGGUCUGCCACUUCCAUGGCUAUCGGU